UAAAUACAAGGUUCUCCUUCAGUGGACCACAAGACUUUCCUUUCUCUCACACACACUCACACAGAGGCUCUCACACACACACACACACUUUUCAGAUGUGCUGAAGACCUCUGUGCUGAUCCAGUGAAGUAGUCACCCUCCUCUGUAGUCAGCAUGCUCUGUGAGAGCCGGCUGUGGACUGUGGCUUUCUGCCAGGACUGGGACCCCCCGUCCGACGCUUACAAAAACACGCCUGAAACCACGGCAACCUCCUCAAGCAUUCCCGCCCCCCUGCCACGCCUCCUCACGCACGUCCCCUCAUCUCCACGGCAACCUGGCACCAGCCCCUGGCGGCCGCUGGACGGCUGGUCCGGACGACUCAUCUCCCCUGGCGUGGACGUCCCCGGGCGGGUAGCCUCGUCCCCGGGCACCGCGGCGCCCGCCGAGCCCUUCCUGGUGCCCCCGUCCUGCCACAGCAUCUGCCAGCACUACAGCGACCUCCACAUCGCCGGCGACCAGGUGCUGCUGCUGGACACUGGGGUGGCAGCCGACGCAGGCGGCGAUCUGCAGGCCAGACUCUGUAAGGACCCCGAACCUGAGCCGCUGCUGUCCUGCUGGGUCGAGCAGGAGGAGGGGGAGGAAGAGAACAAGGACGAGGACGGCGCCGCUCUGGGCGCCCGGGAGCGUCCGUCCCUGCUGGCGCCGGAGGGGCGUCCGCUGUCCAACUCGCAGCUGAACCGCUACCUGGAGCAGAAGCUGCUGGAACUGUACCGGCAGCACCUGGCCCAGGGGCCCGGCCCGGCACCACCACAGCAGCAGGACCGUCUGGGCCCGCGGCCCGUGCUGGCCUCCGAGCUGCUGCAGAGCAGCCUGGACCAGAUCACACUGCAGCUGCAACGGCGCGACCACAACCUGGAGGCCGCGCGCGCCAAGGACCUGGUCAUGAGCUGCCUGCUGAGGGUGGCCAGCAGCCAGCAGUCCAGCGAGAUCAGCACCCCGCUGCUGCAGAUGUCCAGUAACGCCGUGGAGAGAGAGAGCAGAACCCCAAUACUGCAGAACCCCACUAACAUUGGAGAGAGCAGAACCCCACUAACAUUAGAGAGAGAGCAGAACCCCAAUACUGCAGAACCCCACUAACAUUGGAGAGAGCAGAACCCCACUAUCAUUGGAGAGAGCAGAACCCCAUUAACAUUAGAGAGAGAGCAGAACCCCAAUACUGCAGAACCCCACUAACAUUGGAGAGAG